UCUUGUGUUCUUGUACUUCCACCGCAGCUCGUUGGCAGGCUCCGUCCUCACAGAGAGCGCGCACCAGGAUGGGUGCUCUCCCGGCGCGAGGGAUAUUCUGGAUGUGUGUUUUGAUGUUAAGUGGAAUAACAGGAGUGUGCGGUUCAAUCGUCUGCACCUCCAGAGGGGCCAGCACAUGCAAGCAAUGUCUGGCUGUGCACCCCAGCUGUGCGUGGUGCUUCCAGGAGGACUUUGGCCAGGGAGUUGCCAGUUCCUCCCGCUGUGAUCUGAAGAGUAACCUAGUGGCAGCGGGCUGUGGAGCUCUGGAGUCUCCGACCAGCAAAUUGCAGGUGAUUGAGGACCGGCCCCUCAGCAAGAAGGCAGCGGGGGCCACGCAAGACGUCACCCAGAUAAAGCCCCAGAAACUGCACAUCACCCUCAGGCCAGAUGAUGCCAAGCGCUUCACAGUGAAGGUGCGUCAGGUGGAGGACUACCCUGUGGAUCUCUACUACCUCAUGGAUCUCUCCUACUCUAUGAACGAUGAUCUCUUCCGCCUGAGGACGCUGGGCAAAGGCCUGGCCGAGGCCAUGAACCGCACCACCAGCAACCUCCGCAUGGGCUUUGGGGCUUUUGUGGACAAGCCGAUCUCGCCUUACAUGUACAUCUCCCCCAAAGAGGCUGUCAAGAACCCCUGCUACAGCAUUAACACCACCUGCCUGCCUCAGUUUGGCUACAAACACGUUCUGUCCCUGACGGAGGAAGUGGGCCGCUUCACAGAGGAAGUGAAGAAGCAGAUGGUGUCCAGGAACCGAGAUGCCCCGGAGGGAGGCUUUGAUGCCAUCAUCCAGGCUGCUGUGUGCAAGGAGGAGAUCGGCUGGCGUCCCGGUGCAUCCCACCUUCUGAUCUUCACCUCGGACGCUAAGACUCACGUGGCUCUGGAUGGUCGUCUGGCUGGAAUCGUGCAGCCCAACGACGGGCAGUGCCACCUCAACUCUGACAAUAUGUACAGCAUGUCUACCACCAUGGAUUACCCAUCUUUAGCUCUGAUCACAGAGAAGAUGUCGGAGAACAACAUCAAUCUCAUCUUUGCUGUCACCAACCCUGUGGUUCCUCUGUACCAGAACUACAGUGAGCUGAUUCCUGGCACCACAGUAGGAACACUGUCCAACGACUCGGGCAAUGUUAUCCAGCUCAUACUGAAGGCCUACGCUAAAAUCCGUUCCAAGGUGGAGCUGGAGCUUCAAGGUGUCCCGGAGGAGCUGUCCCUGUCCUUCAACGCCACCUGUCUGAAUGGAGAGCUCAUCCCUGGCUUCAAAUCCUGCUCAGGGCUCAAGAUAGGAGACACGGUCUCUUUCAGCGUGGAGGCCAGAGCUCGAGGUUGCCCUAAACAGAAGAAGAAAACCUUCAUCAUUAAGCCGGUGGGCUUCAAGGAUUCCCUCUCCAUCAACGUCAACUUUGAGUGCGACUGCAAGUGCCAGACCAAGGCCGAGCCCAAUAGCCCCAAAUGUAAUCACGGCAACGGCACCUACGAGUGUGGCAUCUGCCUCUGCGACCCGGGUCGCUUAGGGCCCCACUGCGAGUGUGCAGAAGGUGACUACAACCCCACGGAGCAGGACCGCUGCAGCGGACCCGCGGGCUCUGGAGGACCUCAGUCUGCCAUCUGCAGCGGCCGUGGUGACUGUGUGUGCGGCCAGUGUGUGUGUCACAGCAGUGACUUUGGAAAAGUCUGGGGAAAGCUGUGUGAGUGUGAUGACUUCAACUGCCUGCGCUACAAGGGGGAACUGUGCUCAGGCCACGGUGUCUGUAACUGUGGCUUUUGCCAGUGUGACCCAGACUGGCAGGGUGAGAACUGCAACUGCUCCAGACGCACUGACACCUGCAUGUCCAACCUGGGCUUGUUGUGCAGCGGUAGGGGCCAGUGUGUGUGCGGGGCCUGUGAGUGCACCCAGCCCGGGGCCUACGGAGCCACAUGUGACAAGUGCCCCACCUGCCAGGACGCCUGCACCAUGAAGAAGGAGUGUGUGGAGUGUAAACACUUCAAGAGGGGCAAGCUGUUUGACGACAACACCUGCUCUCGAAUCUGCAAGGAUGAGAUUGUGCUUGUGGAUGAAAUAGUGCUCCAUGAUACAAAUGCUGUGAACUGCACUUACAAAGAUGAGGAUGAUUGCGUGGAGCAUUUCCAGUAUUAUGAGGACGCCAAUGGCAAGUCCAUCUUGUUUGUCGUCAAAGAGCCCGACUGCCCCAAGGGUCCAGACAUUUUAGUUUUGCUCCUGUCGGUGGCAGGAGCCAUCUUGUUUCUUGGCUUGGCGGCUCUGCUUAUCUGGAAACUUCUGGUCACCAUCCACGACAGACGGGAGUUCGCCAAAUUUGAGGAAGAACGGGCUCGUGCCAAGUGGGACACGGGACACAAUCCUCUCUACAAAGGAGCCACAUCUACCUUCACAAACAUCACAUACAGAGGAAAAGACUGAUGCUACUGAACUGAACGAGGAUGGAGAAUAGUAGACUUUUACUGUCCUUUUUGGGAAGGCACCGAAUCAUGUGCAGGCCUCUACUGUCACAAGACAAUAAUUAAUAAUUAUUUGUGUUUGUAAAUAUGUAGAAAUGAUUCUGAGGACACGUUUUAUCAGGGAUUUGUCAUAAACACCCAUUUAUACUACACUGAUAAAUAAGAUUUUGUUUUGAUUUUGUGUGGUUGACAAAUAACUCUUGUGUUGUGCAGGUUUACCCAAAUCACACACAAAAUAUAUUUUCAUAUUUACAUAUGUACCCCUACCAGCCAUGUAUAUAGUAUUAUUUUAUUUGCCCAUAUAAUUAGAUAUAUAUGGAGCCCCCAAAGUCCGGAAAGAAUUUUUUUAAAUUCUGGAUAUCCCCCGGACAUUGCUGUGGGCAGUUUUAUUUUUUAUUUUUUGUUAACUUUAACUAUUGGCAGCAAAAUCUGUAGAUCACUCUGAAUAACUGGUCCGGAGAAACCACAGCUAUCCACAUGACCGGAUACCACUGAGGCUUAGUGGGAAAAUAUAUUUAAAAAAGUGAUGUGGGUGAACUAAUCCUUGAAGUCAGUGGAAGAACAAAAGGGCAGAUAAUGUUACGCAAAACAAUCUUCAUUUCCUGAUCACAAUGGAAACGGAAUGUCCUGUUUGUGGUACUCAGUGGAAACAUAAGAUGUCUUUAAUUCAGUCAAGUGCCUUGCGGUUUGGAGUAAACUGUUAAUUUACUGAAAUAAGUGCAGUUUCUUGUGUGGACUCUGAGAAAUGAGUGUUUUCUCCCAUGUGUUGCCAAAAAUGCAAAUAUGUCAUGUUCAAGUUCUUAUGAGGUGAACUUUACAAGCACAUCAGGUGUCCAGUUUUGAGAUGUGAAAGACAAUAGCAUGGCUAAAGCAUAUUGAAACAUAUUAGAUUUAAGGACAAAAUUUUCUGAUUUAU